AGGAGGGGGCCUCGGUGGUACUGGUAGGGAAUUUGGGAAAAGAAGAAGGACACAGAGAAAACGCAGACCUCAGACCAGUCCACGUCACUUCACUGUCCUCACUCUCUCUCUCUCUGAGCCCCGUGCCCGCAGACAAAUCUGACCGCGGAUCAGCGUACUCGGGCUCCCUCUACACUACGAGUUACACCAACUGGGACUCAGACCAGAGGAAAUCGUGUUCGUUGGCAGCGGAGUCCGCACGCCAAGACACAUCCAUAGCAGACCACGGCGAGGGAAGAGACGGUGUGAUAAGAAGGGACUGAAAUCAAGGGGAAGGCUGGUAGGAACAACAGAGGUGUUUGAGGCAAAACACAGUAGACGGCGAGAGGAGAAAGGACGGGCUGGCCAAGCGCAAGGAGAAGUAUUACGCGUAGCUAAUUUCCAACAUUUUCUAUUAUUGGCAGCGAGAGUGUGCUCUCCGAGCCACAUUUAUAAAGAGAGCUAGCGGAAUGUAAUGCUAGCAAGCUAGCUAAUGUUAGCUAGCUAAUUAGCUUGUCAGGCAUCCAGGAGUCGGACGUGUGAUCUUUAUUAAAAUAGGUCACUGUUUGGCGUCGAUUUACUUUUUUUGGGGUGGAAAACAGUGCUGAAUGUGUUUUUUCCAGAAACCAGGUAUGGUCAUGAUGUUCAGCCUCGAAUAGCUAACACCAAGUUGGACAAUAAACAGUGCUAUAAGCUGCCUAUAUUGAUGAAAAUCUGUUCUAAAUUAUCCGUCUUCGCUUUUGGGGAAAAGCCAAAUCCAUUGUGAAUAUCGAGCUGUGGACAAAGCAGAAGGAGAAGGCAAAGGUGAAAAACAGACUUUUGACUGGUCACUGUCUGCCGUCCAAUGUUAAUGUCGACCGACGUUGCAUCUAUAAUGCUACCCGUUAGUCGGGGAAUAAUGGACCGGGAAAGGGACAUUGAUACAUCAGCCGGACCUCUUGCAAACGCGGCCGGGGGUCCAGCAGCUGUCCGGGGAAUGAAGCGAGGAGACCCGGAGCCCGACGCUCAGGCAGCCGCUGCCCUGACUGACUUAGCCGGGGCGGAGUGCAAAAGACCCAGGAUAGACGGGACCGGGAGUGUUGUUGGUGACAUCGGACAGAACAAUGAGCCUUUAAACCCUGGUUUCCAUGGAUACCCACCUCACAGUCAGGGCUCUCAGGAUUCGACAGGAGGACAGGAGGGCUUGGUGGCCCCACCCUUUUCAGCGUUCCCCCCUCCACCCCCUCCUCAAAACGGGCUGCCAGGGACGGAGUUUGGCCCUGGGGCCAUGUUUGGUGCUGGGGGACAAGGUACAGCAGAAGUAGGAACUGGUGCCAAUGGAGCCGCCACUGCCGCCACUACCAACAGCAACAACGGAAAGACAGAAGAGACGUCCCAGGGGGAGGCAGGUGUACAGUGCGGUACGGGAGGUACAGGAGCGGGAGGCUCUGCAGGAGACCCCACAGAGGCCAAAGGGACCCCCAAACGCCUUCACGUCUCAAACAUCCCCUUCCGCUUCCGGGACCCUGACCUCAGGCAGAUGUUUGGGCAAUUUGGAAAGAUUCUGGAUGUAGAGAUUAUUUUCAAUGAGAGGGGUUCAAAGGGUUUUGGCUUCGUGACAUUUGAGUCCAGCGCAGAUGCAGAAAAAGCCAGAGAAAAGCUCCACGGCACAUUGGUGGAAGGUCGUAAGAUUGAGGUAAAUAACGCCACCGCCAGGGUGAUGACUAACAAGAAAAUGGUCAGCCCCUACCCUAACGGAGAGGCUCUCAGCACGCUGCCUUAUGGGUGGAAAUUGAGUCCUAUGGUGGGGGCUGUGUAUGGACCAGAGCUCUACGCAGUCCCAGGGUUUCCCUACCCUUCUGCAGCAGCAGCAGCCACUACAGCAGCAGCAGCGUUUCGUGGUGCCCACCUCAGGGGCCGGGGCCGGCCCGUCUACAGUGCUGUGCGGGCUGCUGUGCCUCAGCCUGCCAUCCCUGCUUACCCUGGACUAGUGUUUCAGGACUCAGUCCUUAGUCCCAGAUUGCCUCAGGGAGGCUACCCUGCCGCCGCCGCUGCCGCCGCCGCCUAUCGCUACGCCCAGCCUGCGGCCGUAACCGGAGCAACAGCUGCAGCCGCCGCCUACAGUGACAGUUAUGGCCGGGUGUACACUACAGAUCCCUAUCACGCUUUAGCUCCAGCUGCUGCUGCUUACGGAGUCGGAGCCAUGGCCAGUUUAUACCGGGCGGGGUACAGUAGGUUUGCUCCUUACUAAAACCACAAAUCACACCCAAGGAAUUUUACAUCGCUCCAAAACUCUUUUUCAAGCUCUUUGUUUGGCAGCAGCUCCCCUCCAUUUUCCUGCAGACGGACUAUAGUGACAACUCAUGUCUUUUUUUGUGUGUGUGUGUGGUGAGAGAGUUCAUUUUGCCACAUCAUCAACUCAAACCCUCGUUUCUGUACUCUUCUGUCUGUCGCUCACAUGGAAACAAUGACAAAACUGCCAUGAGUGUCUCCCACGUAAAAAGCUGGAGCCCACUACUUUGAACUAUGGGGGCACAAUAUCGGACGGUUCUUAAAAACACUACGGGACCUGGGAGGAGAGAGACUGCUGUUCCUGUGUGAUCCUGCACACUGCGAAUUGUUUUUUUCCCUUGAACUUACAGUAUAUCCACUGCCCCAUAUGACCUAAUCAGACCUAUAUACACACAUUUGACACCAAGUACACAGUCUCCUCGACACUUUCCUUUAGUGUUGGCCUGCACAGAGUAAUGCCACAGCACAAGAUUACUACAAAAAGGUACUUUUGUUUUUAAACACUACAUUACAGCAGAGUGGUCCCUCUGGUUUAGCAUGAUGGUAUAAUAAUGAAAACAUCAAUCAAACGUGGACUGCUCAAUACAGAAGAUGUAGGAAUCAUUCUUGUUAUUUUGUACAGCUGGAAUACUGAACAUUCAGCCGGAGGGAACUUGGGAGCGUCUGACUGAAAGAAACCACUGUGGUCCUGGUAACAACAAACUAUAAACUAAGCAGCAUGGGAAAAAGUCUCUUUUUUUGUCAUUUUCCAACGUUUUACAACUUCUCCCAAGUGAAAAAAAAAAAGAAAAACCUAAACGAAACUAAUGUUUGUAAAAAGAAGUCAGAAAGUAGUGAAAAUGACAAGGAAAAAAAAAAAACAAGUGACAAUUUUUUCUGCAUUACCUCAGUUUUUUUUUUUUUUUUGUCUGUUUUGUUUUGCUGCCGUCAAUGAGAAGCUGCAUAGAAAUGUCAUUGGAGAGAAUGUGGACGCAUUGAAACUGUCCAUUAUUUAACGUGACAGAGCCGUUCACUUGUCCCUAAUGCUGGUCUGCACAUAUUUCAUUUAUUACUGUAACUGCAACACUAAGAUGCGAUGUUCAGCUAUGAACUGCCCCUGUACGCAUGUCCAUUUAGAGAAUUCAGUGUACCUGCUCACCCUUGAUCUGCUCCCAGUGCUUCUUCCAAAAAAGGACUCGCUUUGCUUUCUAUCUCCUAAACCAUCAGACAUUCCACUUGUAGCGACGAUGCAGCGAAGGAACGGGUCAGGUGGACAAAGGACCCAUCGAACGCAUAAACAAACUAGAUUUAGCACAGAGCAGAUUUGAAGUGGGAACACCCACAUGGGAAACUAAUCAUCUGCCAGUCAGCCAAAUGGGAAUCCCUCCUGGCCAAUUGAGAUAUUAAUGCCUGCAGGCUUCAGGCAGGGCACUCUGUACUCGAGCUCUGUGCAUGGAAAUGGUGUCUGAUCUCAGCUCAGCAGAACAGUAGAUCCCCACAGAACAGCCCUGAUUAGAAUACAGUGAAGCAAAGAGAUUGCAGCCAUAUAAUGGAGUCUUGAAGUAAUGAGAAUUGAUCGGUUUUCUAUUUAUAUUCAUCGUUUUUAAUGUGACAGGACACCACAUACGCUGUCCGCAGGCAUCACUUUGUCAUUUUAAAUCCUUCAUCAUGCUCUUUGGGAUUGUUCGGUCUGAAUAGUUUUAAAGUUCUGAUUGCCAGUCUGUCUGAAGGGAUCAUAAAAUGACUGGCAGACAGACAGUUUAUAGACCAAGCCUCUGUCCUGUAUGUAUCACAUCUCCAUAUACUCUCACUAUGUUGUUGUUGCUAUUAUUUGCCUUUUUGGUUCCAAAGAUUUUCUGAAGAAAGCACAUUUUUUGGUCCUGAUGUAUUUCUUAUUUUUGUGGUUGUUUUUUCGUCUGCCUUUGUUAUAUUUUUUUAUGUGACGAUUUUGAAGCUGUAUUUUUCAGUAGAGUUUGGAAACAGCACCCUGGGAAAUGUCAUUGAAGCAGCAUCAACGAAAAGACAGAGAAAACGCAUUUAAAAGGUUGCAGCAAUUAAAACAACCCUGUUCAAUUAAAUUCAGUCCACGCACUA